AUGUAUAUACCCCUUGCCAAGGCAGCGACACUCCCGCUGCUCUUGCUUUCGCCACUGCAAGGCGUGCUGGGCGAGUGCUCGUCCUUUGAGACAGCCGUUACAGUAACUGUGACUGCCAAAACAACUACUGCAACAACAAAUGCAACGACUACCACGACUAGCCAAACUACAAGGUCUACCUCGGCAUCUGCUACAACCACGGCACCAACUCCAGAUGUCACGCCUACGUAUCCUCGCCUGCCCAUGUUCCUCCCGGACGGGUCGUCCACAAAUUCCUCGGGCGUGCCCUGGGGUGACAUGAAUCUCAUGACCAACAAUUAUCUGGAAAAUCCCAAGACUGGUGUCGUCAGGUCCUACGAGUUUACAGUAAGCCGGGGCCUCGCCUCCGCCGAUGGCCAUCCCACUGGCGUCAUCUUGGUCAACGGCCAGUUCCCCGGACCGCUCAUUGAGGCCAACUGGGGAGAUACCAUUCAAGUCACGGUGCACAAUAACAUUUUCGGUCCGGAAGAGGGAGUAUCCUUCCAUUGGCACGGCCUACCACAGAGAAAUAAGCCCUGGGAAGACGGCGUUCCAGCCGUCACGCAAUGUCCCAUAACCUCUGGAAAAUCCUUCACUUAUUCUUUUGAAGCAGAGUUCUACGGCACAUCAUGGUACCACUCCCAUUACUCUGCACAGUACUCGGGAGGACUCUCCGGCCCCAUGGUCAUAUACGGCCCAGCAGCAAAGGAAUACGAUGUUGACAUUGGUCCUAUUAUGCUCUCGGAUUGGUAUCACAAGCCGUACUUUACUCUAGUGGAAGAGACCAUGGCCCCCAAAGCUGCCCCAGAGGCCCCGCGCUCUGACAAUAAUCUCAUCAACGGCAGAAAUUCCCAAGACUGCACAGGCAACACCAACAGCAGCCAGACUGCGUGCGGCAACAUGUUCAAGCUUAGUCGCGGCAAAGUCCAUCGCCUGCGCCUCAUCAACUCUGGCAGCGAGUCAAUCGAAAAGUUCUCCAUUGACGGCCACGUCAUGGAAGUCAUCGCCAAUGACUUUGUCCCGGUGAAGCCAUACAAAACCGAGGUCGUGACACUCGGCAUCGGCCAGCGCAGCGACGUCCUCGUCACCGCAGACGGCAAGGACAGCGCGUACUGGAUGCGUAGCACAAUUCCCGCCGCCGCGUGCGGUUUGAACGCAAGCCAGCUCCUAGCCACUGCCGUGGUCUACUACGACGAUCUAAACACCACAGCGGUGCCGCAGUCCCAGCCGUGGAACGUCACCGACCCGCAGCCUUGCCUGAAUGAUUUGACUAACAGUCAGCCCAUUUUGGCACUGGAUCCCCCGCAGCCGGACUUGUUGUACAAGAUGGAGGUGCAGGCGUUCCAAAACGAGAGUAAAAUAUGGCUCUUUUCGUUUGACGGCCAGGCCUUUAGAGGCAACUACAACAAGCCUACACUGCAGUCGGCCGCGAUGGGAAAUUCCUCUUUUGAAAAGGAGUGGAAUGUGAAAAACACAAAUAACGCAAAAGCCGUCAGGGUAUAUGUACACAAUGCGACCCCGUUGCCUCAUCCGCUGCAUCUCCACGGCUUUGACAGCUACAUUCUGCGCCAAGGAGACGGAGAGUGGGACGGUGUCACGAUUGACUUUCCCAAGAAUCCUCCCCGUCGGGAUGUCGUCAUGGUACGCGCAUUGGGCCACGUCGUUAUACAGUUUGACGCGGCCAACAAUCCAGGUUAG